AACGAAGAGACAUUUUAAAAAGGGAAAUAAAAAGAAGAUGUGAGCUUGUGAACGUCAAAAGCACGUCAACUCUCUCUUUAAAUGGCCGACAAAAUCCAUGAGAUCGCCGGGAAGAUGACACCUUUGUGUCGGAAAAUCGUUCACGUGAACGUAAAAUGGAGAAUCAUGGAGAAAGUAUCGAUAUUUGGAGACUUUUUUAGGAUUGUAUGGAGGAAAAUAUUAUCUUGUUCAAGUAUCAUCGAGAAACCUAUUAUUUACCGGCGAGUCGUUCACCGGACUCCUUCCACCAUCGGAGAGAUCUUCGACAGCGAUGAUGAUACAACUGUUUCCGGUAGAGGGAUAAGUUCAAGUUCGGAUGCAGAUUUGGUUAGCCUCAAGAUCAGCUUAUUAGGCGAUUGUCAAACAGGGAAGACUACUUUUGUAAUAAAAUAUGUUGGAGAUGAGAAUCAAGGGUUCCUGGAGAUGGCUGGAUUAAAUUUGAUGGACAAAACGUUUUAUGUUCAAGGAGUUACAAUUUCUUUUAGCAUUUGGGAUGUAGGAGGUGAUGAAAAGAGGUCUAAAGAUCAUAUACCUAUUGCUUGUAAAGAUUCAGUAGCAAUCUUGUUCAUGUUUGAUCUAACCAGUCGAUCUACUCUUAACAGUAUCUUUGGGUGGUAUAGCCAGGCAAGAAAAUGGAAUACGACGGCAAUUCCGAUUCUAAUAGGAACAAAAUUCGAUGAUUUCGUUCGGCUCCCACCCAAUCUACAAUGGACCAUUGUCACUCAGGCGAGAGCGUACGCGAAGGUGAUGAAGGCGUCUUUGUUCUUUUCAAGUGCGACACACAACAUAAAUGUGAACAAGAUCUUCAAAUUCAUUUUGGCUAAACUUCUUAAUUUGCCUUGGAAGAUCGACAGAAAUUUAACCUUAGGUGAACCCAUUAUCGACUAUGAUUCCUAAUAUAGUGUUUUUCAUUUGUCACGUUUGUACAUAAAUUUCUGAAAAGAGUUGAUAAUCGUCCAUAAAGAGAAAUAGUUGAAAGAAAAUACCAUUAAUUUUUUGCC